UGCGCUGCCCGUAUCCGCGUGAGGGCGAUCGAGGGUGUGGCUUGUUGAACAUGGAAGGUCGAGGGCGGGCGUCUACGCGAAAUAGGCGUGGCUCGUAGACGCCUGUGUGGAAACCCCCCUGAAGAUGCAUCUAAUGGUGGGGCUCCAGAGCUCGUGGAAAUGCGUAGAGAUUUCGCUGCAGGACGGCAGCGUCCCCGUCAUAGGCGGAGUACCUCUACCUGACUGUAACAUAGAGCCUGCCGUCUGGUUCAAGGUAGUGAUCACCAGUGUCAAUAGCUAGCAAAUGCCGUGAUAGUCUUGCGUGGUUUUUUCCCUUGUCAUUAAAGAGGGGUUCCUCUCUAUCAGGCUCUGGUGUUGGACAGCGUUUGUAUCGACUGCUCGGAUCACGUCAUCUCGUGGGCAGUGGUCAGCCCUAGCAGCAGUCUUUCUCAUCACCAAUCAACCCCCACCACCUCCUCCCCUGAUCACACUCUGAUGGCUCCUCACGAAGAUGGCGAGCCGUCAUGUCCCGACAACCUCCACGACCUUUUUGAAGUGGCAGAGACCCUCUUCAGAGCCUCUCCCCUCUGUUCUCCCUCCCAUCACCACUACCCGUCCUCACACCCUCCCUCACCUCACCGCGAGGACUGGGAGCACCAGAUGUGGCUGAGAUUUCUCCACACUCUACUCCUGCCACUCCUUACACUCCAGAGGGAGGACCUACCUUCUCUCCAGCUCUCUCUGGAUAACUACUGCAACCAUACCAUCUCUUCUUUGGACUCCAACAUUGCCCAGAGCACUGCUCUCUCACAACAGUUGAAGGAGGAGCUGGAUACAGUGAGAUCAUCUCUGCUGCCAAUAGUGGUGUCCUCUCCCAUCCACCCUCACCCUCCCCUCCUCCUUUCACUCCUCAACGCUGAUCUUAAACAGAUGGAGGAUGAUGCCAGGUCCAAGAUUGCCUACUAUUCCCGGACCCUGGCCCUCCAGUCUCGACUGACGGCCUCGGGCUCUCCAGUCAUGAACCUAGACAGACUGCAGGCCGACAAGAGACUAGCAGAGAGUCACCUCACUACCUCCAUGGAGAUGAAAUCGGUGGUGCUGUCCCUCACGAGUCAGUCUGUGGAGGACCACCUCCAGCCAGUGUCAGAUGACCUGCCAGAGCUCACCAGCAGGUAUCUGGGUCUACAGGAGAGACUGGGGGAGGCUAGAGACUCUGCCAACCACUGGUCCAGGAAAAAGGUGCUGGCCCUGAGUGUGAGAGAGGCAAUGGAGCAGGCAGUGGCGAGUCUGCAGGCAGGUCAUGUGACUGCUGGGAUGGACAUCAGCAUGCACGGGGGACGCUCCACUGAUGUUCUCCCCGAGGCCUCCCACUAUCAAGCCAAGGAAGAGUUCACCACCCUCAGUGAGAGAGUCAAACAACUCCUGGACAUGGCUCACAGUCCAGCUGCUCGACUCCACAACUCUCUGGUUCAGACAGUCCAGAUGAAGUGGUUCCCCGCCAUGUGUAACGGCUUUGUCGUCAUCUCUUCGGACAUGACUCGCACUCUCCCUUCACCCAGGACAAGGACUCAAAGUUGGCGACGUCACUUUAGUUUCAAGAAGACCCGAACUAUGACCUCUCCUUCUUCACCCCCUCCCUCCAACAUGGCCGAGGCUGGGAAACUCCUCCACAUACGAUUCCAAGAGAUAGUGAGUGCAUUGUGUGACCAUCUGGCGGACCACGACACGGGGUUCACGCAGCAGGUGUGGCUCUGCUAUGAGAACCUCUUCUUUGACAACUUCUCCUCCUCCUUUCUCUCUCACUAUCAGAGUGAGAAUCAGAAGUUCUGUGAGCAGCUGAGAGUCAAUGCUCUGAGUGUCAGUGUCCUCCCUCCCUCCUCUCUCUCCCUCACCACCCCAGAGACCAUGUGGCUCUCUCUCUUUCCUCCUCGAUCCUUCGGCGACGCCACACUCCUCUACACACAGUCCCUGGAGGACCCCGAUGUAACCUCUGAACCACCUCAGUUGGCCCCAGGGCUCCAGGCCAAGUUUGGUCCUGUGGUGACUGAUCUUUACUGCAUGGCAAGGACGAGAGCUCCGCUGCAUAAAUUACAGCUACUGACGUCUGCCUUCCGUAAGACUAUGGCCUCCCUCUCAGCACUGAAACUGCAAUCUCUCUUAGAAGAAGGUAGCACAGAUUUCCACCUGGCAGGAGUAAGUUGUGACGACCUCCUGCCAUUGCUAGUCCUCCUCCUCCUCCAGCUACCCCCAGCCUUCCUCUGCCAACUGUGGCUACACUGUCUUCUACUGGAGGACUGUUGCCCUACCUUCCUCCAGGCUGGCUGGCACGGGUACUCCCUCACCACCUUUCGCUCUAGUCUAACUGUCAUCUCUGAACUCUAAGAGCAGCGCCAUCAUUCACUGUCUUUUCACACACGAAUCAGGUAUUACACAUGUGUAAGAGGCGUUAUGUAAAAAUAUUCCAGCAA